GUAGCUAUUACUUCAUGAGUCAUGACCCAUUCAAUUCUCCCUCACCUUCUCCCCAGUCCACGCUCCGAAAAAAAAGCCAAAAAAGUCUGCUCAGGAGAAACGGCGGUCAUUUGUCCAUGAUUCAUACUCUAAAUCUUUUGUCAAACUUGAAUGAGUUGAGUUCUUAGUCCACUCCUCCAUUUUUGACCCGAUUAAAUUUAAACCGUUAGGACCUUGAUUCCAAGGUCCGCAUCCGCACCAAUGGCUUCUCGCUCUUCCUUGACCAACACCAACAUGAAUCAAACCUCCACUCAACGCCUGCCACGUCUUCGCUCUCCGUAUACACGCUAUUUAAAGUCCACGCGUCAUUCCAUAGACCGUCCUCAAUGAGUUGCUCCGCCUGGUGGCGUAUCUGACCCGUUAGUUCAACGGUCGUAGAGCUAGACCGGAUCGCAGCGGCGGAGCGGUCCACUCCGACGGCUUCUCUGCUCCUCCUAUAAAUAGAUGCUCCCUUCCUCUCACGCCCUCCACCUCACCGGAACCCUAGAUCUCGUUGCCGGAACCCUAAUUCUUUCCAUGGCUACCCUCCUUCUCCUCCUAUCGGUCCCAUUCGUCUCCCUAUCCGCUAUCGCCGUCGCCCUGGCCUUCCUCGUCCGGCCCCGCCCCGUCCGGAUCCCCGUCAAGGGACGGCACGUCUUCAUCACCGGCGGGUCGAGUGGCAUUGGGCUCGCAAUCGCCCGCCGCGCCGCCGCGGAGGGCGCCCGCGUCUCCAUCCUCGCCCGCAGCGCCGCCCGCCUCAAGGAGGCCCGCGACGCCAUCCGCCUCGCCACCGGCGUCGACGUCGCGCUCUUCAGCGCCGACGUCCGCGACGCCGAGGCCGUCGCCCGGGAAGUGGAGGCGGCGGGGCCUAUUGAUUUGCUGGUGUGCAACCACGGCGUGUUCACGCCCCAGGAGCUCGAGCACCAGGACCUCGAGGAGGUGCGGUUCAUGGUGGACGUCAACCUCAUGGGGACUUUCAACCUCAUUAAGGCUGCUCUCCCCGCCAUGAAGCAGAGGGCAAGGGCCACCGGUCUUCCUGCCUCCAUUUCCAUCAUGUCCUCCCAGGCCGGCCAGGUGGGGGUUUAUGGUUACACAGCUUACUCUGCAAGCAAAUUUGCUCUCCGUGGCUUAGGUGAGGCUCUGCAGCAUGAAGUUAUAGCUGACAACAUCCAUGUGUCUCUGAUAUUUCCUCCCGAUACAGAGACCCCAGGUUUUGCUGAAGAGCACAAGAGAAGACCAGAGCUCACCAAUAUUAUAGCUGGAUCUUCUGGUGGAAUGAAGGCUGAUGAUGUUGCUCAAAAAGCUUUGGGUGGCAUCAAAACUGGAACAUUUAUUGUUCCAUGCAACUUUGAGGGAACAAUGCUAUCAAUCGCGACAGCUGGUUUGUCCCCACAAAGGUCAUACCUGAUGGCAUUUGUUGAGGUGUUUGGUGCCGGUUUCAUGCGCUUUAUGGGUCUUUGUUUCCAAUGGAAUUGGUUUAGCACCAUAGAAAAUUGGCAUGCCAAAAAGAAAAGCAUGUAGAGGACAACAAUUUUCAAAAGGCGUCUAACGCUCUGUUGUUUAUAUGCUGUUUUCUAGCAUCUAUUCAAUAAUAACAAUAGAUCGGUUGUUUCCCAAAGUUUUUUGUCUUAUUUUUAACAGCAUGAAUGAAAAAUUUAUGUAUUCAACCA